GCAACAUCUGCAGUUGAUCUAGAUACCGACCGAGCGAUUCAAGAAAUUAUCCGAGGUCCAAUCUUCCGCGAUGUGACUAUUCUAACCAUUGCGCACCGCUUAAACACGAUCAUGGAGUCUGAUAGGGUUCUAGUUCUAGAUGCUGGAAGGAUUGCGGAAUUUGAUACGCCAAAGAAGUUGCUGGAGGACAAAGGUUCUAUUUUCCGCUCUAUGGCGAUGGAUGCUGGUUUA